GCUAUCGCGGAAUCGAUUUCGCAGCUGAUUCUUUGGGAGAUGAGGUUUUGCGUGUGACAGCGGGAUCUCACGAAGAUUCGCGUCGGCGCGUCUUCUUGAGCGUCGUGAGGUGCAGGGCUCGUCAAAGCGAAAAGCGUGUGAUCCAAGUCGAGAUGUCGUGCAGACUUUUCGUGAAAAACUUUCCAAAAGAGGCCACCGAGAAUAAGAUCCGGGAUUUUUUCUCUUCGAAAGGGACCGUCACCGAUGUCGCGCUCAAGUUCACACCAGAAGGAAAGUUUCGACGUUUCGGUUUCAUCGGUUUCGCCUCCUCAAAUGAGGCAGAAGAAGCGCAGAAAUAUUUCGACAAAACAUUCAUGGGUACAUCCCGUCUCCAUGUCGAAAUUUCGAAAGAGCUGGCGGAGAAGCCUCGUCCAUGGUCGAAAUAUUCCGAGGGGAGCACAGCAUACUUGAAAACACACCCUGAAGAAGCAAAGCAGAAAGCUGAGCAGCUAGAGACAGAAAGGAAGGAAAAGCUGGAAAAAGAGAGAAUUCGCCGAGAGAAGAAAGAUUUCCUGAAAGAAGUCUUCGGUGAUGUACCAGAGGAGGACGAGAAGUUCAAGGAGUUCUUGGCUGUCAAUCAGAGCGAGAAACUCGUUUGGACAAACGAUGAAGCAAAGCAAGAGACGUCUGCGGGAACGACGCAUACGGAUGAAGGUGUGUUGAACGAUUCGGACAAGAAGCUGCCCAAAGAGAUAUUCCCCCAUGUCGUGGUGGUCCGAAAUUUGUCCUUCAAGUGGAAACGGAAAGACCUGAAGAGCUUUUUCAAAGGUCUCUCCGUGUGUUCGAUCCGAAAAUGUCUCCGAGCCGGAGUGAAAGGUGUAGCUUACGUGGCGUUCGAGACCGAGGAAGAUCUGAAGGAAGCCCUGGGGCUCGACAAAUGUUUCAUGGAACGCCGUCAGGUUCGUGUGCUCAAACAUUCCGACCGAACAAAGGAAACUCAAGAGAAACCCGUUUCGGCCUACAAAGACAAAGAAGUCGCUCCCGAAGUCGUCGCCGAUACCGGGCGUCUCUUCAUCCGGAAUCUGCCGUACACCACCACUGAGAACGAGUUGGAGGACCUCUUUAAGCCAUUCGGUCCUAUCGCGGAGCUCCAUCUGAGCAUCGACUCCAUAACGAAAAAACCGAAAGGAUUCGCGUUCGUCGCUUACGUCUUUCCGGAACAUGCGAUGAAAGCCCACCAAGCGCUUGAUUACACGACUUUCCAUGGGCGUCUCCUGCAUAUAAUUCCCGGUUUGGCGAAACAGGAGGACCCGCUGCUCUCGAAAGGUAACAAGGCGGGCUCUUCUUUCAAGACCGAAAAACAGGCGAAACUCCGAUCCCAGUCUGGGAGCGCUCACUCCUGGAACUCGCUCUUCUUAGGGGCGAACGCUGUCGCGGACGUCAUGGCUGAAAAGUAUUCUGUUGAUAAAAUGCAACUCCUCGGAGCCGUGAACGGCGAGAGUGUUGCUGUCCGAAUGGCGCUGGGGGAGACUCAGAUCGUCAGCGAAACUCGCGAAUUCCUCGAGAGUCACGGCGUGGACCUCUCGGUGUUCAAGCAGAACGUUACAGAGCGCAGCAAGACCAUUCUUCUCGUGAAGAAUCUGCCGGCCAAUACGAAAGAGAUUACGCUGUGGGACCUUUUUGAUCCGAAGAAGAAAGUCGUUCGGCGGGUGGUGCUGCCCCCUUCUGGAGUGACAGCCCUCGUGGAGUUCGCUGAGCCGCAGGACGCUCGAAGUGCGUUCAAGAGGCUAGCAUACACCAUGUUCAUGGAUCAGCCAUUAUAUCUCGAAUGGGCUCCGGUGAACGUGUUCAGCCGGGACGCAACCGCUGACGAAGCCACGAGACCGAGUGACGAGCUCGAUACCGGUACUGCUGGAGACGGAGACGACGGCAGGAACGAAGCUCAAACGCAAAGCGUUGUUGACGAAGUCGGUGGAGCUGGGUCUGAGGAGCCGGAGGAGGGAUCUGUCUUGUUUGUGAAGAACCUCAAUUUCUCUACCACAAACGAUGUUCUACAACGGCACUUCUCCAAGUGCGCAACCGUGGUCCAAGCAACUGUCGCCACGAAGUCGGAUCCUCGCCAGCCGGGAAAGACGCUCUCCAUGGGUUACGGAUUCGUUCAAUUUAAGUCAAAGCAAGAUGCCAUGAUGGCUCUUAAGAAGUUGCAACAUUCGACUUUAGAUUCCCAUACUCUGGGGCUGAAGGUAUCGCGGAGAGAAGUCAAGGCCGCCGGAGUUGAGAGGAAAACACAAAAGCUGGGAAAGGCGUCGACGAAAAUACUCGUCCGCAAUGUUCCCUUCCAGGCUAACCGCAAGGAAAUCUUCGAGUUGUUCGCCGUAUUCGGCGAGCUGAAAACAGUGCGCCUGCCGAAAAAAAUGUUUGGUGGAGAUUCGGGCUCUCACAGAGGUUUCGCUUUCGUCGAGUUCAUCACGAAAUCUGACGCCAAACGAGCUUUCGACUCACUGUGUCAAAGUACCCAUUUGUACGGCAGGAGGCUUGUUCUAGAAUGGGCCGAAGAAGAAGAGGAGGAAGUUGAUUUGAUACGGAAGAAAACUGCCGAGCAGUUCCUAGGAGAGCCGGCGAAGAAGAAGUUGAAGAAGGCUGACUUGAAGGAAACCCUCGAGGGCGCGGCCGCUUGAAAUACGUUAAGCAGGGGUUUGAAUAAAAACUGUACGGACUCCGAGAGUCUAAUUUUCC